AUGACUGUGAAAGCAGUGGCCCAGGUGCUUGUCAUAACCUUGGCGCUUAGUGACUUACUAUUAGGUAAGAUCUCUGGGUGUUAUGGAUCCUUGACAACUCCGUGCGACGUCAAUGUCUUUCAGCUUGCACAGAAAUGCAUUGCUUCGGUUUUUACUGCAGUUUAACAUAUCCUAUGCAUCCAAUCCAAAUUCGGUGUUUGCCACUUAGCGGCACGUUGCAAGGGCAGUCCCGCAUGGUUACCGGACGUUUCUUCCCUGGGGCAACUUCUGGUCUUUGUCAUUUAUAGUUUUGUACUUUUUGGUAGUAUCGUAGUUUCUAACAGAAGCUGAACAAUCAAUACUUUGCAAAUGAUCCCAGUAUGAAGCAGGCUUUUAACCUUGUGAAAGAAUCGUGACGGUCAUCGUUUUCCGCAGUGUAAGUUGAAAGAAAAAGAAACAAAAGUAUCAAAUGCGACAUUAAAAGAGGUCACUUGCUCUUUCUUUUCAGGGUCAAAACGUACUAAUACCGGAGGACAUCAUGAUUUAAACCACGAAAAUAGCACGAUUUACAUUGGACGGGGCACAGCAGGAAAAGUGCACCCUGCAAGAAAUAAUUUGCAUAAAAAUGUUUUUCUACAAGCUAUAAAGAAAAAAGAAGUAGCCAAGAAUGAAUGGCUAGUUAAAGAGCUGGCUUUGUCUUCAGACAUUGGCGAAGCAGUGAAGAGAUCUAAAGUGAGGAAAAAGAACAAAAAACUCAGAAUCCCAGUGAAGGUACGUCACGAAGGGAAGGGAAAUAAAAGGGCUUCAAAAUCUGGAUCCCCGAUAAAAAAUACAAAGUCACAGAAAAGAACUUCUAUUUCAUUUCCUUCCAACUUAAGAGGUUCAUCAUUACCUGAAGAUGGUGCGCCUUUAUCGAGGACUCUUCUUACCGCAAUUAGCCUUUUACUGGACGAAAAGAAUCAUUUUCAGAAGGAUAUCAACGCUUUAACUCUUGCCAAAGUGCUCAGUGACGAUGCCGGUAAGGACGAAACAAAUGAUAGUUCUGAUCCUCACAAUGAACCCUCUUCGCUUGGAGCUAUAUCUAACGUACUAUGUCUUUUGAACGCCACCGUAUCUAAAGAGAGUCCUAGGGGUGAACGAAAAUCUAUAAUACAUACUGAGCUUAUUAACCCAACGGAACUAGGAAUCUCAAUAUUAAAACUUUUGUUUGGACACAAGGCUCCCCUUGUCGUAAAACCUACUUAUAAACCUUCAUUCCGCUAUACGUCAACGGCUAAAACGGAGUCACCAGUCGCCAAAACAGUUCUUACACAUGCAAGGCUUGCAGCACAAAUGAAUGAAUUUGCUAAUGGUAAGGAAACAGUAAGGAAGAAGUAUCACCGAAAUUCCUUUACGUUUGCCCUUGCUAAAGCUGUCAGUGAUCUCAUAAGAUCUAUGGCCAAGCGAGAACUAAAAAAAUAUAUGCAGAAAAUUCAUAAUCAGCACAAAUUAUUCAACGAAAUGCACUACCGAAGGAUUCCCACCAAAUUCUGGCCUUGGAAAAAAACCGUUGACGUCCAAGGCGACCGGAAAUCGUGGGUUCUUUUGAAAAUACCAAAAUCUAGAGACGAAGAGACCCUUCCGCAAGACAUGAGCGAUGAGCUUCAAGACGAAAAUCCAAGCAACGAAGGGAAAUCUCUAAAAGGAAUUGUGGACACCAUAGGUAAACUUAACAAAGCUGAUCUUCUGUCUUCGGAAACUCCAGGUAAAGACACAGGAGACAACUCAUUAAGCGGAGAGAAUAGUGAAAUAAAGGUUAAGCCAACUAGCAGAGUGGGAUACACAGUAAGGAUUUUACCCUCUUUAAAAGGAAGUAGUGAGAAACAAACUAGCAUCCUUCGUGUGAAGGCGAAACCUGCUAAGAAUCUUAACCCACAGACCACCGCUGCAUUUGCAGAAGCCGUGAAGAAGCUGCUGCAGGCGGUGCAAUCAAGUAUCAAAUCAUUACAGGGAAAGCAAUUUAUAGGACAUCCUUCUGAGGUACCUUCCGUGGUAAGCGAUCAGCCUUCGGGGAUAAGCCAGCAACGCGUAGCCUCUAUAGCAAGCGAUGAGCCUGCAAAGAUUCCCGAAAGGACAAACACAGGUAGUGUUCGAGGUUUAAACAGUAACCCAACAUCUUUAAAUAACCUUCAAUACCAAAAACGGCCAGUUCUGGAAGAUCUUCAGGUCAAGAGACAACCGAGUAUUGGAGAGCUAUCCGAAUUGACAAGAGCUGCAGGACAAAAUGAUUUUCCCUUCAAAGGAAACGCCCUGUUUGAUCCUUUAAGAGAUCUUGAAUUGGCGGCGUCCGAGUCUAUUUCAAAACCAGUCUCCCCAACUAAACGGAUUGGUCCAACAGACAAUGUAGUAUUUGAGUCCGACACAGAGCUUGGGACAGCAAGGGAUAAGCAAGAGUCAAGCAUGGUAAAACAUAUAAAGGAAGGUAAGUUCUGCUCCGCAUAAAAAGAUUAAGUACUCUUUAGAACCUUUAUUUCCACAACUCGAAGUAAAACGCUGAGUAAGCUAAACAAGAGGGGGAAAGUUUAAAUGCUUCAGCUUCGAAUGUUAUAUCAAAUUGUGUACAGUUAAUGUUGAUUUCAUUAAACAUUUUUGUGACAGUGUAUGUAUCUCACUAUUUUUUAUUCAGAUCUCGAAAUCUUUGCGGAAAAAGGCCUCCAAGAGCAUAACCAUUAUCGCGAAUUACAUCACUCGUCACAUCUGCGCUGGUCUGAUGAGCUUGCCACUCAGGCAGAGAAAAUGGCAUACGAAAUGGCCAUGAGAGGGACUAUUGAGAAAUCAGACGUGGCCGUGAGUCUGGGAUACGGCGAGAAUGUCGCUAAAAUAACCGGAGUUCCGUUCAAUGAUGCAGGAUCCGUGGCAACGGAUGUCUGGUAUAGCGAAUCAGGAAAUUAUAGCUAUUCGUACCCUAAUGUCACACCACAGACGGAUGCCUUCACUCAGUUGGUAUGGAGGGAAACGAAAGAAAUCGGAAUGGGUUGUGCAAAGGACGUGGCUACGAAUGAUUUGUACGUGGUAGCCUUGUACAGACCCCCUGGAAACGAUCGAAGAAGAUUAAGGGACAACGUUAUCAAUAAAGGGACAAUGACCGAGGACGUAUACGCAACAAUAUUUAAAAGAGCAAAACAGGGUUAAAUAUAAUAUUAAAUUAAAGACAUAGUUUUGUUUAGAGGUUUUUUUAGUGUGUGCAAAAAUGAUGCACCAUUGUCGAAUAGAGCAGCGUUACCGGUAAGUGUAAGAGACAGUGACUGAGGGCAGGGACUCAAUCUUGGUGCACAUUCCUGAGAUGCUAAGCUAUUGUAGUUUAUAUUGGAGCAAGCCAGUUGUAAUCAAAACUAACUACAGUCGAACCUCCAAGUGCGACCACCUCUCGUAAGCGACCACCUCCGUAAGCGACCACCAAUCCAAAACACCAGCACCAGCUACUAAGAAUGUACGAAGAACUUUAGUGACACAUGGCGUAAUUUAGACAUUGCAUGCAAUAAAUAUCUUCCAUAAAGUAGAUGUGUCUGGACCUCUUCUCGGAAGAGACCCCCUGUGGUUCGAUUCUUGUAAGCGACCACCUCCCGUAAGCGACCACUCAGUCCUUGCAUUUUGCGUGGUCGCUAACGGGAGGUUCGACUGUACUUUUAAGUAGUUAAAAAUUCUUUUCUUAGAUCCUGCCUUCAAAUUAAUGUUCCUUGCUUCAGCACAAUAUAAGACCCUCCUCCCCCGGCCCACAACAUAGCCCGUCCAAACGGCUUAAGCCCAGGCACCAGCAAAAAGUAAUUUCUAAGAUCAUUUUAAACAUCAAUCUCGUCUGCAGCUGUACGAAAGGUUUUUAAACUUUACAGAUUGCAACAAGGUUCAUAUUAAGACGCAAAGGCUUUGACCGCAAACCUUUUUGCCUCUGUGAAGAUUUCUUCAGUAUCAAGAGUGAGCAUAUUGAAGUGUUUGAUAACUUAAAUGAGCCAGCUUACAUUAUUUUGGAAUAAAUGUAUAGUUCCUCAUUUUUUUUCUGGAGAUCUAUUGCUGCCCCAGCUCAAUUCUUCUAUAAGCUCUUUGGAAUGAAGGUCAGUAAAAGAAAGGAUAACAAGACCCAGUGUUGUGAAUAAGGAAAAGGUAAGCUAAUUGAAGCGUAAUUCCUGAUGUUACUAACAUUCGACAAAGAGGUAUCUUUUGUUUGAUAUGUAUAUUUGUUUAUUUUUAUUUUUUUCAAUUCUCUACAGACACUUUUUACAUUGAGCAAAUACCCGCCACAACCAAAUCGAGGAGAAGUGAUGGUCGAGGAAUUUUUCAAGUUCUAAUCACUAAAUUCACUAGUUACUCGUUCACCCCUUUCGUGUUUUCUGGUCCCUUUAUUCAGUAACAAAGAUUCCAAAAUCAAACGCCGCUAAUUAAAAUAUUGGAUUCACUUUACUUGUAUCUAACGGAGGAGUACGGUGGCUGCGAUGAAAUAUGCACAAUAAUUUUAAAUGACAAACUUCUCAUAUAAUUUUCCCGCCAACACUGCUAACGAACCAACAAUAAGGAUUUUGUUCGUUUACUGAUGGUUAAGGUUUCUAUCUCGGUUUAGUGAGUUACUUUACUGAAUAUUUUAGUCAGUUAGUUUAGGCACCCAACACAUAAUGACUGUUGAACCAUAGCCUGCACCGGUUAAUCAAAGACAUACCUUUUCUUUGGGCUGCUCAACCGUGCUUUCCCAAUUCAAUUAUGUCAUGAGUAGACAACCUGUACCACUUGUCUUGCAUAAUUAACAACAGGCUUUUUCGGUCGCGAAAAAUGGAUUCCAUCUGAAAAAGGGAAAAAAGCAGAAAAAUUGCAGAAAGAGUUCCGAAAUGUGAAUGGUAAGUGAUCUUAUACUUUCUCCUCUAGUGCGUUUACACACGAGGAUCUAUCCAAUUCAUCGUUAUACGUGAAUUGUGGUCUCAAUUGGAAGGUGAAAUAUAUGUAUCGACAAGUAUUUGUUUAAAAAGGCAGAGAAAAGAUACGAAGUUAUAAGAUUAUUUAUAGUGAAGGUUGUCUGCACUUAGGCAAGAGCUUUCAAAGCCCUAAGAGGUCAUUUGCUUUAAUUUGAUGAAAUAAUCUUAACGAGAAAAGUAUAAAGUGAUCUUCAAAAUUCUACUUAGGUAUUGCAGCAAUUCAUGUUUUUUACAGGCAAUAAAUAUGUCAGUAUUGCAAUUAUAACUUGCACAAUUCUUGUAAUUUGAAAAGAAUCAAAAAGGAAAGGAAAGCUGAUCGCGAAACUAUUUAAAUUUAUUGUUUCUAGCGUAGUCUACUCAAACCAGGCGGCCCACAUUUAGUCAGUACAGGAAGAUGUAAAAUGGAUGUCUUUAUUCAAAACUAAGUGCCAUAUGGAUAAGUGAAAUUUGUUAUAAAGACAAUACCACUAAAUCAAGCAUCUGUUAUAGUAACAAACCUGAUCGCCGUGCCAAAGGACUAGCACUGUAAAUAUAUAUUUGCUGCUAUAUGAUUGGUACAUAAUUUUUAUGGUGGCAGCAAACUGCAUCGGUAUCAAUGAACUUUGCCUAUAAAAAGCAAAACUGUAGCUCUUGACUAAAAAACAUAGCUUAAGAAUUGAAUUUUCUUUGGCCCUGUCAAGCCUCAUGGGACACAGAAGGUGAGCAAUUGUAACGCGCGCAGGAUGUGACUUAAAAAGCGGAGUGAUUUUUUAUUUUUAAUGCGAAAAGCAUUUCACACACUAUCGUUGGACAGUUUAUUGCUUUCUAAUGAUGUUUUAUCAAACAGAAACAAGAAAAAAUACUCAAAUUAUUCGGUUGCACUUCCUGCGCGAUGUUUCAGUUUGGCGUAUCGGAUAAGUGCAUUGAAUUGCUGGAAUCUGCUUGCUUAGAUUAGCUAAGUGUUAAAGUGGCUGUGCGGCGCUUAAAAGGAGCACACUUACAAAAACUUUUUCAAAGUUAGUUAUUAUAGACGCUUCGUAAGCGCACGAUGAAUUGUUUCAUUGUUAAUGCUUUUCUUAAACUUAGGAAAUACAGCCACGCUUUCAGUGGCGCGAACCUUUAAAAGGCUUCAGAAAUGUUCAAGCUACCGCCGUUGCAGACUACAUUAUUAUUGCUGCUCUUCUUGACAGAAGGUAA